UGUCUGCCUGCAGACUGCUGUCCUCAGUGUGCUGCCUCUGUGUGCGUUCGUGACUGACUGACUGAUACAGCCCGGGUGGGGGCGAGGAGAGACUCGGCCCGCGGACAUGGGUCCUAAAUCACUGCUGUGGCGGCGGCGGCGGUGGCGGCUGAGUGCCUGAGGGGGAGCCCCGGCCGGGGGAGGGAGAGAGGCAGGGGCGCUGCAGUGUGCGGUGUUGACGGUGUUUUUAACCCUUAGAUGGUCUCCAGCGAGCCGCUGCUGCUGCCUGUGUCACUGGAGGGCGAGUUCUCCAAUAGCAUGAAGGAGAUGAUCGGCGGCUGCUGCGUGUGCUCCGACGAGAGGGGCUGGGCCGAGAACCCGCUGGUAUACUGCGACGGGCACGGCUGCAGUGUCGCAGUGCAUCAAGCUUGCUAUGGAAUUGUUCAAGUACCUACCGGACCUUGGUUUUGCAGGAAGUGUGAAUCUCAGGAAAGAGCAGCCAGAGUGAGAUGUGAAUUAUGCCCUCAUAAGGAUGGUGCUUUAAAGAGAACAGAUAAUGGGGGUUGGGCUCAUGUGGUUUGUGCCCUGUACAUUCCCGAGGUGCAGUUUGCAAAUGUUUCUACAAUGGAACCUAUCGUGUUGCAGUCUGUUCCUCAUGAUCGUUAUAAUAAGACGUGCUAUAUUUGUGAUGAACAAGGCAGAGAAAGCAAAGCAGCAACUGGUGCUUGCAUGACAUGUAACAAACAUGGAUGUCGUCAAGCUUUCCAUGUAACAUGUGCACAGUUUGCAGGACUUCUUUGUGAAGAAGAGGGUAAUGGUGCAGAUAAUGUCCAAUACUGUGGCUACUGUAAAUACCAUUUUAGUAAGCUGAAAAAGAGCAAACGGGGAUCUAAUAGGUCAUAUGAUCAAAGUUUAAGUGAUUCUUCCUCUCACUCUCAGGAUAAACAUCAUGAGAAGGAGAAAAAAAAAUAUAAAGAAAAAGACAAACACAAACAAAAAUACAAGAAGCAGUCUGAGUCUUCACCAUCUUUGGUUCCGUCUCUUACUGUAACUACAGAGAAAACUUACACAAGCACUAGCAACAAUUCUAUGCCAGGCUCCUUGAAGCGGUUGGAAGAUACCACAGCUCGAUUUACAAAUGCAAAUUUCCAGGAAGUCUCUGCACAUACUUCAAGUGGAAAAGAUGCUUCAGAGGCUAGAGGGUCAGAGAGCAAAGGGAAGAAAUCUGCAGGUCACAGCUCAGGUCAGAGGGGAAGAAAGCCUGGUAGUGGAAGGAAUCCAGGAACAACCGUGUCAGCUGCUAGUCCUUUUCAGCCAGGCAAUUUUUUGGGGACUCCUGGCAGUGUAAAAUCAUCUUCUGGAAGUUCAGUUCAAUCUCCCCAGGAUUUUUUGAGUUUUACAGAAUCAGAUCUGCGUAAUGACAGUUACACUCAUUCCCAACAGACUUUGUCAACCAAAGAUGUACAUAAAGGAGAGAUGGGAAACCAGGAAGGGAGUGUGAAUUGUUUUAGUUCCUUAAUUGUUCUCCCUUCAACCUCAGCCGUUGUUUCCCAGUCUAAAAACUUUGACAGCUCACCUGGAGACUUAGGUAAUACAAGCCUUACUUCAACGGGAUACAAGCGAGUCCAAACUUCUGGGAUAGAAGAAGAGACUGUAACAGAAAAGAAACGGAAAGGAAAUAAACAAAAUAAACAUGGGCCUGGUAGGCCCAAAGGAAAUAAAAGUCAGGAGAGUAUUUCCCACCUAUCAGUUUCUUCUGCUUCUCCAACGUCGUCUGUGGCAUCUGCUGCAGGAAGUGCAACAAGCUCUAGUCUUCAAAAGUCCCCAACGUUGCUCAGGAAUGGAAGUUUACAAAGUCUUAGUGUUGGAUCAUCUCCAGUAGGUUCAGGUAUUUAUAGCAGCAAUGAUGUAGCAGUAUCAUUUCCUAAUGCAGUAUCUGGCUCAGGAUCUAGCACUCCCGUUUCCAGUUCUCAUUUACCUCAGCAGGCUUCUGGUCACUUGCAGCAAGUGGGGUCUUUGUCACCUUCAGCUACACCUUCUGUAACUACUGUUGUUGCUACAACUCAGGCAAACACCCUACCUGGAUCUUCCCUCGGUUUGCCUCCAUCCCACAUGUAUGGCAAUAGGCUGAAUCCUAAUUCAGCAAUGGCAGCACUUAUAGCUCAGUCUGAAAACAGUCAAGCAGGUCAAGAUCUUGGAGAUAAUACUCGCAGCCUUGUUGGCAGGGGAGGUUCACCCAGAGGAAGUCUCUCACCACGAUCUCCUGUAAGCAGCUUACAGAUUCGCUAUGAUCAGUCAGUGAACAGCAGUGUGGAAAAUUUGCCCCCGGUAGCUGCCAGCAUUGAACAGCUUUUGGAGAGGCAGUGGAGUGAAGGACAGCAAUUUUUGCUAGAACAGGGCACCCCUAGUGACAUUCUGGGAAUGCUGAAGUCAUUACACCAACUUCAAGUUGAAAAUCGACGGUUAGAGGAACAGAUUAAGAACCUGACUGCUAAAAAGGAGCGCCUCCAGCUAUUAAAUGCACAGCUUUCAGUUCCCUUUCCAACAAUAACUUCAAACCCUAGCCCAUCUCAUCAAGUACAUGCAUUUCCAGCACAAGCUGCACAUAGCACUGAUUCCUUGAACAGCAGUAAAAGCCCUCAUCUGGGAAACGGUUUUUUACCUGACAAUUCUCUCCCUGUAUUAAACCAGGAGAUAACCUCCAGUGGACAAAGUACCAGCAGUUCAUCAGUUCUUUCCACUCCACCACCUGCUGGGCAGAGUCCCGCUCAGCCAGGCUCAGGAGUUCAACAGGUCAAUGGUGUGACAGUGGGGGCACUAGCUAGUGGUAUGCAGACUGUAACAUCCACCAUUCCUGCAGUGCCUGGUGUGGGUGGAAUAAUUGGAGCAUUGCCAGGUAACCAGCUGGCAAUCAAUGGAAUUGUAGGGGCUUUAAAUGGGGUGAUUCAGACCCCUGCCACAAUAUCCCAGAAUCCUUCUCUCACUCAUGCAGCUGUGCCACCUAAUGUAACACAUCCUCUGCCAACAACACUAAAUAACAGUGCCUCGGGACUAGGAUUACUUCCUGACCAACAGAGACAACUUCUGCUCCAUCAACAGCACCAGCAAUUUCAGCAAUUACUGAGUACUCAACAACUCACAUCAGAACAACAUCAGGCCCUUCUGUAUCAGCUAGUGCAGCAACAGCACCAUCAACACCAGCACCACCAGCCUGAAGUGCAGCAAUUGCAGAUCCCAGGAGCAGCACAGAUACCCAUAAAUAACCUGCUUUCAGGCACUCAAGCAUCACCCCUUCAUACAACUACUACCAACCCAUUUCUUACAAUUCAUGGGGAUAAUGCAAGUCAAAAAGUGACAAGGCUUAAUGAUAAAACUGGAUCGGUUGCACCUGAAAAAAGUUGACAUUUGAAUAAUAUUUGAGAACUGCAUAUCCUGCUGUUAUAGCACUUCAUCUAGCUGCGAACUGUGGAUCUUCAUUUCUGCAGGUAUGAAGAAAUGCAACAAGGACCUAACUGCACAGCAAAGAAUUAAUCUUCAUAAGGACAUUCUUCUAAGGCUUUGAUCUAUUUUCUUGUUGCACUGAAAUGGAACUACUUUUUCAGAUUUAACAGACACUGCAAGAAAUUAAAUUCUGCAAACCAUAAUUAUUUUGUCAGUAUGACAAUACUAAGUACAACUACACAUUCAACCCUGGAAAAUAUUCUACUUGCUGCUCAAGUAGUAGUUCUUAUUAUAAAGCUGGAGGGCUAGUAAAUUGAAAAUACUUAUUCCAGUCACACAUUACUUGAUUUCAGAACAGGAGUCUUAGCAAACAAACCAACCUUAUCUCUGCUGCAAUUGCAAAUGCUUUCAGACCCAGGUUGUAAUUGGCAGUGUGUAUUUCCUGUUAGGUGUGUGUGUGGCUUUUUAAAACAUUUUGGAAUCUGACUCAUGAUAUAAAGAAUCCAAUUCUGAACUUGUCACUCCAUCAAAUUUCUACUGACUCUAGAGUGAAUUUUGCCAGAAUAAGAUUUUCAGGGUAGAGUCCAAAGGUUAUUAACGUUCGUUUGGGUUUUGGGAGUUCUAAGGUUGCUGGACAAACCAGAUCAGUUUAAAUAGAUUUUUUUUUUUUUUUUUUAACCAGAUGAGAAGGCCAUUUUGGAAAGUACUGGUAGUGUUUGGCCUAAACUAAGUGCCUGUUGCUACCUCCAUUGUGUUGAAAUGGCUGCAGACAGCUGAGCGUGCACUAGACAAGUCCUUGUAAGCAGCAGAAAUAUUCAACAUUGCACCAGCAGCCUUCCCCAUUGUUCUGCCUUUAUUAGAAGUGUUUAUGCCACUGUAGAUAGCUCAGGCAAAUUGUUACCUGGGUCACUUUUCACUAAUAAAUUAUAAAAAAAGUGAGUAGAUAUUUAAACAUUUCCCAAUGAAAUAUACCAGUGGUUGAAACGGGUGAACUUAUUGUUAGAACAUUUUCACUUAGGAUAGAUGAUUUUAUGGCAGUGUGGUAGAGUGUAGAUAAAAAUUGGGGUAAUGACCACUAAUCUGUAUUUAGAAGUGUAAAUUAUUAGUGGAAAAUGACCCAGCUGUAAUUAGACCUCCACUGUGUACUUAAUUGGAAGAACAUGUUAAUUCUGCAAUAUGUCUCUUGGUUAAACAUUGCACAGUUCUUACCUCAUUUCUGUAAAUAAGGUUUUUGUGAAUCUGUUUUGUAUUGUGAGGAAUUCAUAAGAAAACAUUGAUAUUUUGAUUUGUAAUAUUUCUAAUUAGUAGAUUUAAUCAAAUAAUUUAUUUUUAUAUGUUCAGGGGGAUUUUAAAAAAUUGUCACAAAUCACUUUUGUGGAUACUUUACAAAAGUAAAUCAGUGUGGUUUAUUUUACUUAUUUAACCCACUGGUUAAUAUUCUGUAACAAUUUGUACAAAUGAUAAAAUUAAAAUGGGCUGUUAUUUUGCUUAGAUGUAAAAUUCCAAGAGUAUGAAAAGAUAUGUACAGAGCUUUUGUUAAUAAAUUUUAAUAAUGUUCAUAGUGGUACACUUCACAGAUGUGUGAGAGAGAUUCUUAUAGAAAUUGGAGGAUAUUCUGUCCUUCCAGUUCUAUUACUAUUCCAUGACUGGCUGGAUUUUAGUACUUGUUGCUACUGUAAUAAUCAGAUAUCAAAUUAUACUAAAGUUUUUAUUUACAGCAACCAGUUUCUUAAUGUUUCCUUUCCU